AUGAUGCAACGUUCUGUUCAACAACUUUUGCGCCCGUUCCGUACCGUUUCCGUUGCGAAGCGUGGAUUCAUCGGUCCUCCAGGUCCAUGGGGUCCAAGAGGUAGCAUUUUCGACGAACUUCAGAAUCGUGUCAGCCAGUUGGAACGUGACUUCUUUAGAAGUAAGUUAAGUUUUAGGUGUAAAGUUUUGUUUUAAAAGCUUUUGUCAGGCCUGUAUGUGUAUUUUUUCCUAAAUUUAAAGUGCGACGUUUUUUUUUGCAUCAACUCUUAAAAGCGCCAUUGUUUUUCGACCAGCUUUCAAAUGCGCCAUUACUUUUGCAUCAAACCAGUAACCCUUAUUAUUUCAGGUCCAUUCGUAAUGUCUUGGCGUCCAUUCCAACAGCCCAUCGACAACGAAGCCUUCCGAAUCCGUAACCCGAUCAUUGAAGAAGAUGGUGUCAAUAAGUUCAAACUCGAGUUCGAUGUUCGCCGUUUCAAGCCAGAAGACGUCAAAGUUUCCACUGAUACCCAGGAGCGUGUGCUGACGAUUGAAGCCAAGUAUAAGGACGCAGAAAGCAGCUUCGAAUACAGUCGCAAAGUCGGAAUUCCAGAAGGCGUGGAGCCGAAGCAGAUCACGGCCAAGUACACCAGCGAAGGAACAUUGCAAUUCGAAGCCCCUUACACGGAGCCAGCGAAGCCGGAGUUGCCCAAGGAACAGGAAUUGAAGAUUGAGCACAAAUAA